CCGCCUUCAGAUGUCAUGGCUCCGUUCCAAUUUCAUCGCUUUCCAGACACUCUCGCGUGCACACAGCCAACCAACAUUUCUUUCAUUUCCAUCCUUUGUUUGCUUCUAUUUUCUAUUAUUCCCUGGUCCAUCUUACUUGACAAACCUGCUACCACCCCUUCGACUAGUCUGUGCUAAGCUUCUUUGACCAAAACCAGCACAGGCUUCCGGUGCUCCCCCGCUGAGUGACACAUCCUGACCUUCAGAGCCCCAGCGGCGACAUUUCAACCCAUCUCUAUCUGCCGUAUUGUCUGACUUUCUUGGCUCGUACGACCUCGUGACGGAUACUUCUACGUGCUCGUUCGGCGACUGAGCCGCUGCGGUUCUCGCCGCUCGAUAUCGACACCCGGGAAUCAAAUGGCUCCUGCGCGACGUCAUAGAAUUGGAGCUAGUCGACGAAGGAGGGAAGAUGAUGGCGAAGAGGAAGGAUCGGUAGUUGGGGCGAUGGACGAGGACUCGAUGAGUGAUGGCUCGCUGCUGAGCCAUCAAGAAGACGAUGACGAGGAUGCCGAUGAGGAGGGAAGCGACCUCAGCGAUGUGGAGGGUACAGCGUCCGCAAACACCAGCAAAACAAACGGCCACGCUACGGGUCGGAAGGCUCAUCGUCGAUCGGGGAAAGGAAAACUCUCUGUUCCUGUCAAGCCGCAGUUAACUACCACCGUGUCGGAUACAGAGGCGAUGAUGAAUGGGCUGAGCAUAUCCGAUCGGGCCAACGAUGUCGCUGAAAUACAGUUUGAAGAUAUGGGGAAGGAGGAGAGGAAUGGGCUGAUUCGGGCACCAUCAGCACCGCCGACAGAGUCUAGGAGAGAUACUAUUGCAGACCGCAAACGACGGGAACAUGAGGAAUACAUCAAGGCUCGCGAUGAGGAUCCUUCCUUCGUGCCAACUCGUGGAGGGUUUUUCCUACAUGACAAGCGGUCCACAGGACCAGGUUCGAAUGGGCAUCGCACUCCUAAUAGCAAGGCCAAAUCACGGCCAUAUGGGCUGAUUGUGGAUGGGAAUGUUGGGAGACGCCCGAAACCCGAUGCAACGGAUGGUCAAUGGACGCAUGAUCUACACGACACUGUUGCUCACAACGAUAGGUCUGGUUCAAUGAUGGCUCCUCCAUCCCAUCCUAGCGCAGUAAUGCCAAACGGGCCUAUCCCUGUGUCUGUUGCUCCUCGUUCAACACCCCCGAAUCGCUCAUUCUCGACCACCGUCCUGAUCGGAAACGUGCCGGUCAAAAUCUUCCUCCCUGGUAUGGCAGCGCCUAUACUACUGUCGGCUGUUCCCAAACGACAACAUACUCGUCUCCCACAGCACCGCCCGCCCUUGAGACGAGACAAACCCGUGCGAAUCUCCCUUCCGGAUGCCACUCCUAAAUACACCUAUCCAGCGCCUGAGCGCUCAUUCAUCUUCAUCCCACGAGCACUGCGACCUAAUCAGCAGUCAUACAGGGGUCGUGGACGAGGAGGUGGGUAUUAUGGUGGUCGACGACCAAGUCUCUACGCUGGCUCCGUCCAUUCUCCCAGUCUGUCCAUGAGUCGGAGGUCAUCUCUUCGCGAUGGCAUGCAGUCACCUGCUGGAUCAGUUCUGUCACGACAAACCUUGGUAUCUGGAGAGACCAAACCCGUUGUUCGUCUCCCACCAAUGGCCCGUCCUCCAGGUCCCGCACAUCCGGCGAUGCCUGGUAUGAUCGGUCCUGGGCCUGCUGUGGCUGCUCUACCUGUUUUCCCUCAAGGCCCUAACGCUACAUACCGAGAAAGCCGUGGAGGGCCUAUUAUCAUGCAUCAGCCCCGGCCUCAGAAGACUGUAUCGGUGGCUGACAUCGAAACUCCUGCAAGCCUGCACUUCAACCCUCCUCAGCCCCAGCAAGAACAGCCGUUCCACCAUCAGGUCCCUGUGGCUGUCUCCGGGCCAGGAUAUGGACCUGAUACCGGACAGUAUCCGCACGGCCGCCACCCUUCGCAUCCCAGCCAGGCCUCUGGAACGCCACUUUCUCAGAUCCCUGAACGUGCUAUCCACGCACAACCUUUCCAACCGUACGGCUUUGCUUCUCAGCAAGGCUACUACGGUGGCUAUCAUCCAGGAUCUAUGUACUAUCCUAUGCCACAAGCCGAGUAUCCCGCAUACAACAUUCAGCCUGGGCAAACCCCUGCUCAACCUUACGUCCUGGCUCCUCCACCCGCGCCACCGUCGACCGGGGAGCAAGCACCCCAAGCGGCCACUCUUGCGCAUGAGGCGAACGGCACUGUCUAUUUCUAUGACGCGGCCGAGCUCUAUCCUGGCCCGUCCUAUCCGCCUGGGGGCGUUGUUGGGAUGGGCGGGAUGAUGACGCCCCCUGGAACAACAUAUUACUAUCCUCAGCAUCCGCAGCACUCGCAGCAUCCUCAGCAGCCAUCUGGGGGUACUAUCCGUCGCAGUGAGAGUCUAACAUUCGCAUCCAGUUUCUACUCUUUCUUCCUCUUCGCAUGACUGUUUCUUUUUCUUCUUUUUCUUUUUUUGCCCACUUUCUGUCCUACACCUCACUACGGUUUACACUUUAUAGUCAAGGCCUUGGCCGGCGCAUAGUUAUCGCAUUCCUGAGUGUCACUGUCACUGUCACUGUAUCACUGUAUCACUGUUCCGCAAUCCAUCUUUCCCUCAUCCCUACCUAGCAUGCUUUGGAGAAGGUUCUGUUAGAUUAAUGUCUUCGCCAUGCAUCAGCGAUCAUGCUUUCCUCUUAUUAUUUUAUUUCCCCUCCCCUUCCUCCUCUUCUUCCUGUUCUUCUUCUUCCUUUUUUGCCCCUCCUUAUCUAUUCUUUUUGGAUCUCGUUGACAUCAUUUCGGAGCUGUCGGCGCUGAGUGUAUCUUCGCGGGUUGUCUCUCUGCGAUGGUGUAGAGCCAGAGACUAGGAAUGUGAAAAGUGUUCUACUUA